AUGGUCGAGCUUGUAAUGAAAGGGGGUGGGAACAGGCAAUGUGUUCGGUUAAUUGAUGUUACUGAAGAGAACCAUCAAAUAAAUGAUACAGGUGCUUGUGUUGAAAAGAAGAUAACAGGUGAGGACUAUGCACUUGUUUGUGAGCAUUUGUUCAGAAAUCGUGGGCUGAGUGUUGGUGAUGAGAUUGAACUUUAUUGGGAUACUGAGUUUCAUAAAUUUAUAUUCAAAUUUUGUAAUUCAAUGGUAUCCGAAUCAGAUUUUUUGGAUAUCCAUAGAUGUCGUUCUGAGGAAAAGAAAAAGAAAUAUGGAAAAGCCUCUACCUUGGUUCUUCAAGUUGACGGAUUUGAUAGUCUUUACAACUGUGUCCCUACUGACCCUGCAUAUUCUUGUUUGGAUUGUGUUAAUGGUUUAUUUUGUGAUUGGGAUUCAUCAAAUAUGCGACCUGCUGCAAUUUUCAAUCCCAGCACAAAAGAAGUAAGAUUUCUGCCCGACCCAAUUGAAGGUAAAUGCUGGAAUAAAUAUUCAUUAGGUUUUGAGCCGAAAGAAAAUAAGUACAAAGUUCUCUUGACAACACAUCUUUCUCGAGCAAGGUACACAAAAUACGAGGUUUUCACAUUAGGCAUAGACAAAUCAUGGAGAGACAGUCAGCACAUUUUGCCUUGUAUUCCGUAUUAUAUGCCCAGUGUUUGCAUUAGUGGAGUCAUCUAUCAGUUUGCUAUACCCAAUGACUUAUCUAUAGUUGCAUUUGAUGUUAAAUCUGAAAAAAUCAAAAUUAUUGCAUUGUGGAUUGCACUUGAGUUGGUGUACUAUUACCGGUUGAUAGAGGUGAAGGGAAAAUUAGGGAAACUAGAGAGCCGAGAUUUGCAUCAUUCUUCAUGGACCGUCAUGGAGAGAUUGUAUUCGUUGUGA